UUUCUAUAUACUACUUAUAUACUUAAUAUAAUGUAAAUGAAUGAGGAGUAUUGAAUAAACUUAAUCAUUAUUAUUUAAAUGAAUUAAAUGUUGAUAAUGAAUUCAAUCAUUAAAGUAUUUUUUGGAUUAUUCAUGUUCAUUGAUAUUGUCUUAUCUGGAUUAUAUGAAAAACGUUUAUUAAAAUAUUUAUUCGAUUCCAGUCGACCAGAUGCACAUAAUCCAAUUGAACGUCCAUCAGCAAAUGAUACAGAGACAUUGAAUGUUAGUGUGAAAUUUUUCUUAAAUCAAGUUAUGGAUGUGGAUGAAAAAAAUCAAGUGUUGACAACAAUUAUAUGGAUGGAUUUAAUAUGGAAUGAUUAUCAUUUCUUGUGGAAUCCUAAAGAGUUUGGUAAUAUAACUACUUUAAACUUACCAUAUACUGCUGUAUGGAGACCAGAUAUCCUGUUGUAUAAUUGUGCGGAUGAGAAAUUCGAUCGUACAUUUCCAACAAAUACAAUCAUAAAACAUGAUGGUACUGUUCAAUGGAUGCCACCGGGAUUGUUUAAAUCUACAUGUAAUAUAGACAUUUUAUGGUUUCCAUUCGAUGAACAGAGUUGUAUAUUAAAAUUUGGAAGUUGGACAUAUUAUGGUGAUCAAAUUAAUUUUCAAUUACAAUGUAUCAACGCAUCACAACCUGAUUGUACACAAGUUGGCACGGUUGAUUUAUCUGAAUAUUCACGUAAUGGAGAAUUUCAUCUUAGUGGUUCGUCAGUUCGACGUUAUGCACAACGAUAUGAAUGUUGUGAUUAUGAUUUUGUUGAUGUAAAAAUUGCAAUUACACUACAACGACGUGCACUUUAUUAUGUAUUUAAUCUUAUUGUGCCUUGUUUAUUAAUAUCUGGUAUGGCAUUAAUGGUAUUUAUGUUACCACCAGAUGCAGGUGAAAAAAUAUCAUUAGGUGUAACAAUUCUUUUAUCAUUAACAAUGUUUUUACAACUUGUUGCAGAUAAACUUCCACAAACAUCUGAAGCUAUACCAUUAAUUGGUAUCUACUUUUCAUGUACAAUGUUUAUGUGUUCAUUAUCUAUUGUAUUUACUGUACUCGUGUUAAAUUAUCAUCAUAGAUCAGCUGAUUGUAUUGCUGUUCCAGCUUGGAUUAGGAAUAUUGUCAAUACAUAUCUAGCUAAAUUAAUGUGUAUGGAACCUCCGAAACGUUCACAAAUUAUUGAAGUUGAAGAUAUUUCAUCAUCUAUUAGUGAUAAUUUCAUGGAGAAUUAUCCCAAUACAAAAAAGUCACAAAAUGAAACACUUAUCAAAGGAGGAGCGAGAGGAGAACAACAACAACAACAAGAAGGAGGAGGAGGAGAAGAAGAAGAUGAUGAUGAAGAAGGACAUAUAAGAGAUAAAACAUUUGUUGGUUGGAAUUAUGAUACUACUAACAUGAUGAAUAGUAAUAUUAAUCCAGUCUAUAUGAAAAAACAUUUAUUCACUAAUUCCCCUAUAUGUAAUAAUGGAAAUUUGAAAACAACCACAUUACCAAUGAUCAAUCAAUCAAUCAAUAAUAUUGAUUAUCAAUUACACAAUACAGUCAAUGAACGUACACCGAAAAAUGCCAUAGCAAAUGUUAUUGAUUUAGAUGAUGAUUUCCGUGCAACAGCACGUUUUGGCAAUAUUACUACUACUACUACUACUACUACUAAUACUAAUACUACUCAUACUACUACUCACAGUAAUAAAAGUAAUAUCUUCAUAAAUAUGCAUGAAAAACAAACAAUAUUGAAUAAUAAUACUAAAUUAAAAAUGAAUACUAAUUUGUUAUCAUCAUUACCAGUAUCCAAUCAAUCAUUAACAGUGCAAUCUCCUUAUCGACUAUACAAUUCUGUAGGUAAUUUUAAUUCAAAAUCAGUACCACUAACAUCAAUAUCAACAAUAGAACAUGUUCAAAAUGUAUUCCCAGAUGAUUUCAGUGAUCUAUCAAAGAAUGGUGUAUCAUUCGAUCGACACAUUGAACCAGAUCCAUUAUCAAUUCCAAUUGAUUUAUUAAAUUUAUAUAAACCAGAUUUAGAAAUUAUCAUUAAUGAAUUACAUUUUAUUACAAAAAAAUUACGUGAUAAUGAAAAAGAAUCAUUAAUUAGUUUAGAAUGGAAAUUUGCAGCUCGUGUGAUUGAUCGAUUUUGUUUAGUGAUAUUUAGUGUAUGUAAUAUUGUUGUCACAUUUGCUAUAUUAUGCUCAGCACCAAAUUUAAUUGCUUCUUUUAUGCCAUAAUUAGUUGAAUUGAUUUUUUUUUUGUUGCUUGUUUUAUUGUUGUUGUUUUCUAGUGAGGG